AUGAAGCAUGAAGCAAGCAAGGCUUUCGAGGGACGUGCGGAGCGGAGAGCAAACGGCACGACAGGUAGAGGUCCGCAGUUGCCUGAUCGUGAGAAACAAGACAAUCAGAGUCGGUUUGCAUGGAGUCAUGACCGGUCACACACGAAGAAAAGGCAGGGAGAUGUCGCAGGAAACGAGAUCGAGAUCGCGAGGGCAUCCAAGUUAGUCGACCAGACAGCCAAAAGCUUGUCGUUGCGCAAGAGAGAGGCUGAGCUGAAGGAGGCUGAGGUCACAGGAGACGAGAUCGAGAUCGCAGACGCCCUCCUGAGAGUCAGGGAGGCAGAGCUGGAGGAGGCUGAGGUCACAGGAGACGAGAUCGAGAUCGCGAAGGCACGCAAGUUAGUCAACAAGGCAUGGCUAAGCUUGUCGUUGCGCAAGAGAGAGGCUGAGCUGGAGGAGGCUGAGGUCACAGGAGACGAGAUCGAGAUCCUCAAGGCACGAAUCAGGGUCAGGGAGGCUGAGCUGGAGGAGGCUGAGGUCACAGGAGACGAGAUCGAGAUCCUCAAGGCACGAAUCAGGGUCAGGGAGGCUGAGCUGGAGGAGGCUGAGGUCACAGGAGACGAGAUCGAGAUCCUCAAGGCACGAAUCAGGGUCAGGGAGGCAGAGCUGGAGGUGGCUGAGGUCACAGGAGACGAGAUCGAGAUCGCAGAGGCCCUUCUUGCCCUCAGGAUGGCAGAGCUGGAGGAGGUUUGGCUGAGAGGAGGCCAGAUAAAGUUCGAAAGGGCAGUCGAGCUAGCCAGGCAGGCAAGCAUAAGCUUGUCGUUGCUCAGGAGGACGGCAGAGCUGAAGGAGAUUGAGAACACAGGAGACGAGAUCGAGAUCGCAAAGGCGCGUUUCAGACUGACACAAGCAGAGCUUGACGAGGCGAAGAUCAAAGGAGACAAGAUUAAGAUUGCAGGGGCAUAUCUCAAGUACAGGAAGACAUACCUCGAUAUGAUUCAAGUCACAGGAGACGAGAUCGAGGUCGCAGACGCCCUCCUGACAGUCAGGAAGGCAGAGCUGAGGGAGGCUGAGGUCACAGGAGACGAGAUCGAGAUCGCGAGGGCACGCAAGUUAGUCGACCAGGCAUGGCUAAGCUACUUUGUGCGCACGAGAAAGGCUGAGCUGAAGAAGGCUGAGGACACAGGAGACGAGAUCAAGAUCGCAGACGCCCUCUUUAGCGUCAGGGUCGCAGAGCUGAAGGAGGCUGAGGUCACAGGAGACGAGAUCGAGAUCGCGAGGGCAUCCAAGUUAGUCGACCAGGCAAGGCUAAGCUACUUUGUGCAUACGAGAAAGGCUGAGCUGAAGAAGGCUGAGGACACAGGAGACGAGAUCAAGAUCGCAGACGCCCUCUUUAGCGUCAGGGUCGCAGAGCUGAAGGAGGCUGAGAACUCAGGAGACGAGAUCGAGAUCGCGAGGGCAUCCAAGUUAGUCAACCAGGCAUGGCUAAGCUUGUCGUCGCACAAGAGAGAGGCUUAG